AUGCUGUGCGCGAGCAAGGCCGCCGAGAGCGCGUCCGCACGUCUCUGUGCGGACGCCGAAGCAGAAACUACAACAACUGAUGUCCCAUCGGUUGCUGAAGCGACUCAGCCUGUGUCACCUGGUGAUGCAGGCGCUGGUCAUGAAGACACUCGUGUCUUCACAGAGUACGAGCUCGGUGUCUCGUACUCUCCUGAUACGGAUGACGGAUCCGUAUCGACGGCGAUCGAAUCCAAGCCGCCUGCCAAGCGUGGCAUGGACGAUGCUUUGCGUCGCAGCAUCUUCGGUUCAUCUGAUGAAUCAGAUGAACCAUCGCCGAAGCGAAGGCGCUCGAGGUCGCGAGACUCGGGCGCUAAUAGUGUUGUCGGUUCUCCAAUGGACACCACUUCACAGCGAGGUGCCAGUACUUCUGUCGGCACGUCGCAGGAAGAGCGGGACCGCAAUGUCUUGCGUCUCGCUCCUGAGAAGAAGGCAUGGAUGCCUCCGAAAUCCGUCAUGGAUCACUUGUCGGCGACGACGAGUGAUCGUUAUCGAACACGAUUGUUCGAUUCGUCAAGGAUCCAUCACCUUGACCCCAGCGCGAAAAACUAUCGCGCUGAACACGAAUUCUUCAUCGAUGCUUUCUUCAGACAUCGAUGGUACAGUGGGAAUCACAAACGUGAUGGUCCCUCACUACUUCAGGCGUGGAACGCCUACAUCCAUAACCUCGAGGAUGUAGGUCGUGACGCUUGGAACGACAAACUUAUCAAAGCUCGUGAUAAGUUUGAAAAGCGAACCCCGACAGGUGCACGCUACAAGCUGCAUCGUCUGUCAAGGGAGAAAGGAUUACCCUGCCUCUCUUGGGGAGACCCGUGCCCAUGUUGUGUGAACAACUCUGCGCGCGCACCUAAGGAGGCUUACCUCCCUAAUAGCCCAUGGUGGCGCACUUUCUCUAGCAGUACUUCUGCGCCACAGGAUGUGCCGCGUCGUACUGCUCAACCAGACCCAGUACGUCGAUCAUUAGUUGGGAGCGGGGCUCCCAAGUAUCCCAGGACGGGGGAUAGCCGCGCCACCGGACGAGAUGACUCUUCCGACGUCCGUUCACAUCGCGGUGGUUCAACAGCUGCUCAACCAGAUAGCACUGGUCACCGCGAGAGUCCUCUAAUCGAGGCGGAGAAGGAGGAAAGACGCUCUCCACACAAUCGUGGGGAAGAGUGUGUUCCCGAAAGCCUCUUUGAUCGCGUAACGAAAGGGUUACGCGACGAUCUCGAACAUGAGCGGGACAGGCGUCUCCAACUGGCGGACACUGCCUCGAAGCAUCGAGCUGAGUUUGCCUUUGCUCAGCUUGAGAAAGAGAGAGCUUUGACAUAUCUGCGUGACGAGCUAAGGGUAGCUCGUGGGGAUAUUGACCGAUCUCGGGCUGAAAUAACUGCUCUUCAGACCCUUAUUGAAAUCCACCAUCGGGAGCACAAGGCCCUCUGUGAGAUGCUUGAGCGCAAGAGCGUUCUUCAUAGGAAGAAGCAGCGUACUGAUGGUACGGCUUAA